AUGUCCAGGCGCAAACUUGGCAGCAGACCGCAGCACCUGAGUGCCAUUCACGAAUCUCCUGACACAGCGGACGGAAGCGUCCCCCCGCCGCAGGACCGCCGCUUAGCCCCGCACAUCCUGACACCCGAUGGGGGCGGUGACCUCUUGACCUGCGGCCAGUGCAGCCUGGCCUUCCCCCUGGCGCACAUCCUGGCCUUCAUCCAACAUAAACAGGGCGGAUGUCUCCGACGAAACCAAGUUGCCCGCGCCGCCCCCCCCUCGCCUGCCCACCGGGCCUUGCAGCAUCAUCGCGCCACUGCCUCAGCCGUGCCAGGCUUCAUAGAGCUGAGAAGGGAGGAGGCGGCGGCCACGGAGCGAGGCUGGGGGGCGGAGCUCGAUGUGAAGGUGGAGCCUGGCAAAGCAGGGUCCGAGGAGCCCUCCUAUUUCACAUGCCAGCAGUGCGAAUGUGUGUUUCCUUCUGCAUGGGCUCUGCUAAAACACGCCCAGCACACGCAUUCCUUCAGCAUCUACCAGGAAGACGAAGACAACGAGGACGUUGGAGCGAGAGGAGUUCUGAAGGAGAACCAAGCUGUCGCGGCCACACUGGAUCCUCGUCACCUGAGUCAAGCGCUCGCCUCAGCCUUCCAGCCCUCCGCCUUGCGAUUGGCUCGCUCCCGGCCGGCACCUCCUGCAGCGUCCCCUGACAACCUCCAGGCUCUCAACUUCUCGGAGCGUCUGAGGGUGCUCGCUGUGGGCACCAACAACAUGAAUAACCCCGUUGGCGGUUCGCCAGGAGGCUCUGCGCCAUCCCCGUCCUCCUCCCCGCCAGCAGCGUCCCCUUUUCCUCAAGCGGGAGUCCUUCAGUCCGGGUUCCCCUGCGAGCUGUGCGACCACAGCUUCCAGUCCCCGCGCGCUCUCUCCGCUCACCGUCGGACUCACGCGUGCGAGAGGCCGUACCACUGCGGAGUAUGCGGCCAGGCCUUCUCCCAAAGCGGUCUACUGGCCCGUCACAUCAGGGGCCACCACCGGGAGGCUGCGGGGAGUGGGUACGACUCAGCAGAUAUGGUGGUGAUAGACACCACCAGGGGGAGGCUCCAAAUGCAACCGGGGAAGGGGACAACUGAUGUUCGAGCGCAAGGCCCCUCAGAGUUGGACCCGAAGCUCCCCGCUGUCGCCUCAAGUCUGAUGUUGCUCCCCUCGCAGGUCAGACCUCCGGAUAGAGAGCUGCUCAGGUUCUACCAGAGCCGAAGAGACUGCGGCGAAGAAGAGGCCGAGGCUCGGGUAGAGCCCCGGCGCGCCUCCCCGUGCGCCAGCCCUUCCGAGGGCUCCCUGGAGAGCGGAGAGACAGGCGGCAGCGGUGAAAGUGGCAUCGCGAGCGGGAACUGCACGCCCAAGCGGCCAGAGAUCAACGAACGGCCAGAAGUGGUCGACUUCAGCUCGGCCCAGGUCAGCGAGGCGGUGCAGGAGUGGCAGCGGGAAAACGAGCGGAGGAGUGGGGUAAGCUCCGACGUCACGUCCAGCUUGACCGCCAAAAAGAAGAAGGACGAGGCAUGCGAGUACUGCGGCAAGCACUUCCGCAACAGCAGCAACCUGACGGUGCACCGCCGCAGUCACACAGGAGAAAGGCCGUACCGCUGCGGCUUAUGCAGCUACGCCUGCGCUCAGAGCUCCAAGCUGACGCGGCAUAUGAAGACGCACGGCGCCCAGGGAGCCAAGGCACCCUUCUUGUGCCAAUUGUGCGCCGUGCCGUUCACAGUCUACGCCACCCUGGAGAAGCACUUAAAGAAGGUGCACGGCCUCAGCCAUGCCAGCGUGGGCGCCUACGCUCAGGUCAGCGCCAACGACGCCUUGGCCGCCGCCAAGGUCGAAGAAGCGGCGGUGGUUGUAAAAAUGGAGGAGGAAGAAGCCAGUCUUGAUCAGAUCGUCGACAUGGCAAAGGGAGGACAUAAUAAGGAGGGUAGCGCGGGCAGUCCUUCCAUGGCUUUGACCCCUACUCCCUUAGAGCCCCCAUUCAAACUAAACCAUAUGCAGGACUGA